UUCUUAUUGUCGUACUGCAUACAAGGUUUUCGAGAAAAUGAUUGUGAUAAUUAUACUUGUGUUGGCGUAUUUUAACGUUUUAGCGAUAGCAACACGAACUGACCAACAUUUUCAAGGAGUGAGUUCAAAUACCAUCAUAAAUAAACAGGAAUAUUUGGAAGAGCUGUACAACGCAGAUAUUGUACAAUCGUUAAAUUUUUUGCCGACGUUAAUUGAUAAAGACGAUGUGGACAUCAACGAAAAUGACAUUAGACUUCUUUCGGAAGAAUGCUACUCUGACGAACGUUGUUUAAACGAUAAAAAAACGUCCGUUAAAAAGUACCACCAGAAAAUGCAAGCAAUCCAGUGUAUUCACGGAUCGUUCAUUUUGAAAGUUUUGGACGAACUGGAAGAAAUCAUAUGCGACGAAAAAUCAUCCAACAUCAGCCAGCUAAAGAAAUUACUUCGAGGACUUGGAACAUAUUUUUAUCUGACAAACAUGAUGUGCCUGUUACACUGGGCGAAAUGGAACGCUUACGAUUGGCAAAUUGAAAUUUUUACCUUUGUGUCGGGUCUUACGAAUUCGGACACAAACAUUAAAAAAUACAAAGAACGUUUCAGAAAUUACAACGUACGCAUGCGAGAAGACGUGGUAGGGUUUAUUGGCCGAUGUGUCCACCAUAAAUAUUUAUCGUGUCCAGGCCAAAAAACUUCAGGGGAGGCACCGUUUUCCUGUCUUCUCGACAACGCUUACUCGCGUAUGGACUUGUUGUACAGAAUCAGUGCGUUCACCACCCACAGACUCUUCGAACACUACUCCGUACGGAAUCUCAUGUUGGUGCAUUUGUAUUCAAAUGACGAUUUCAUUUUCGACUGGUCGACGUCUGACGUCGGACUUGAAGCGGAAAAUGUCAAAAGCCAGUUGAUGGAAUACGGCACGUCGUACCGUAAACUUCAGUCGAAACAUAAAUGGGAAUUGGAUCCGAUCGGCGGCAACAAGUACAAUGCCCUGAUAGCGAAAUGCAUCCGCUUAAGGAUUGUGUACGCCGCAUGGUUUCACUUAAAUGCAUAUCACAAAUUACUGAGCCGGCCUCUUGACGGAGACGUACGAGAGUUCAUGGAGAAAUCACUGGUCCAAAUCUGGCAUACGCUAGUUUUUCCCAUCAAACGUGCCUUGAGGACGUUUGGAUUUGACGGAAACAUCUACUGGUCUGCAAUACGCGUUAUGAUGGUCGACUUAACCAAGAUUAGCAAACAAGUACUCGCGGCGCGGGAAGAGUUUACGAGAAAUUAUUUUUGUCGAGCUGUAGAACACUUAGGACUCGCCCGGGAAUCCGAUGUCAAUCGAAAAUUGCAGGAACUAGUGGUGGCAAACGGUGAAAUGUAUGACAGGAUCAAAGCCAAUGGCGACAUGCUAGACGAUUACACCGAUGCGAUAUUACGUGCACUGAGUCCGGUCGACGGCACGUUUAUUCGUAUAAUAGUUUCUGCCGAAGGAAAUAAAACCUUUGUAACGCGUUAG